AUGUGUUUUGGCUUCUUCGGUACAAGUUGCAAUAAUUUAACAGUCAUCCAGACACCAGAGAAAAUAUAUCUAUCAACCGGAGACUACACUGAAAUCACCUGUAUUUGGGAAAAAUCUAUCGAGAGGUAUAGAGUAAGCUGGUAUCUUGUGAAUAAAGAGAACAUCACCAAAACUAUAUCAUCAGAACUUUUUUAUGUAUCAAACAUCACCCGUGAAAGCAAGGAUGUGCUAGUGAUAAAAUCUGCCAAUGUAAAUGACACUGGAUUUUACUACUGUGAGAUAAUUAUUGAAAUACCUUUCUGUAAGAAAGUGUGUGGAAAUGGGACAACAGUGAUUGUUGAAGAGAAAGAAGCUCACUCAUUGAAAAAAAGAGACUUGGCAAUAUGGACCGUCAUUCCUUUCUUAGUGGUAGUGGGAAGCUUGUAUCUUUGCUACAAAAAGAAACAGCACUCAAAACUUGCUGGUUCUGCACAACUCGCCAGAAGGCAUCGGGAGGAGCAGAUGCUUGAGGUUUCAGAACUUCAUGGGACAAAUGAACCCACCAAUGAAGCAGCUGGGGAAAACUCAUCAUGUAAUUCUGCUGGAUGGGUUGUGUCUACACUUUAUGAAUCACUUGAUACUUUUCGCAAUGAAUCAAGAGGAAAAGAUGACAAAUCCACUGCAACUAUUGUAUUCAAUGCAGCAGAUGAGCAAAUCCCACAAAACAGGGGAACUGGAAAGUCUAGAACAAGACAAGGAUCCACCAUCUACUUUGACAUUCAGAACUAAAAGGAUGACAUCAUAAAUAAUAUAUGUCUACAUACCUAUGAAACUGAAAACAAUAUGUUAAUUUGCUGCUGAAGGAUGGAUUACAUUAAUUUCCUGUCAGUAUUAUGUCAGUCAGACAAUAUACAAGAAAAAAAGAUUGGUUUCAAGAAAUCUGUGAAUGUUUGGUCACUAACAAAACACU